CCUCUCAGCUGUUUGUUAGAAACGUCUGGUGUAGCCGCUAUGUCUGCAGACGAUUCACAUAACGAAUGGUUUAAAAUGUAAUAAUACUGAAAGUAUAUAAAUAGAACAUGGAAAAUAUUUUCGGAAUUUCCUUAAGAAGAUCACUAAGUACGAGCCUGCAGUCGUGGGCCAAACAGGUACCAAAUAAUCUAAAGGGAAAAAGCAAAAGUUCGCAAGAAUGGCUUACGAGACAACUGGCAGAUCCUUAUGUGGAAAAGGCCAAGAUGAUGAAUUAUCGAUGUCGAAGUGCUUUUAAGCUUCUGGAAAUCGAUGAUAAGUAUAGUAUCAUAAAGGCAGGAGAUUGUAUAAUAGACUGUGGUGCAGCACCAGGAAGUUGGACUCAAGUUGCUGUAGAAAGAUGCAAUGCCAAUGGAAAGCAGGACAAAAAGCCGAAAGGUUCUGUAUACAGCAUAGACUUACUACAUUUUCAUAGUGUUUCGGGUGCCACAAUAUUUGGAGGUAUGGACUUCACAAAAACCGAGAGUAAACAAAAAAUAAUUAAGUCACUUGGAGAUAAAGCAGUUAAUUGUGUGCUGUCAGAUAUGGCACCGAAUGCUACAGGUGUAAGAAUUUUGGAUCAAGAAGCAAUCGUGAACCUAUGUUACGAUGUAUUGUACUUUGCGGUUAUACUGUCAGCGCCUCAAGCUAACCUUGUUAUGAAAGUUUGGGACAAUGGAGAUGUGCCAAAAAUGGAAAAGGAUCUACAACGCUUUUACGACAAAGUAAAACGAGUUAAGCCUCGUUCUAGCAGGGGCGAUUCAGCCGAACAAUUUUUUGUUGCACGAGGAUUUAAAGGAAUAGUGAGUCAGGAACGUGCAAAAAAGAGUUAAUAUAAGAAACAAAGACAGCAGUGUUUUUGUUAACUCUGGAGAUAAAAGAUGUUAUAUUAGCUAAAAUUUUCCAAUUAACUAAUAGAGAUAUAUAUGUACAUAUACAUUUGUAACAAUAUCUGUAUCCUGCGAGCAACUCAGAACCUUGCUCUAAAUGAAGAAAACUGAAAAUUUGUACAGCGAA